UUGCCCCUGGUAUAAAUGAAUGUGCGGUCGCUUAAAAGCACUCAGAACUUAUCCAGUGUCAUUCCUUUCCUCUUGUGGUCUUCGAGUUAUCGAUCGUGCAACAUGUUUACAUCCGUGUCAUCCUGGAUCUUCGUGUCCACCCUGGCGCUAAUCUCGGCGCAUGCGGCCUUCAACGAAGCAUACAGCGGGUCUCACCGUAGCAGUCCCUUCGCCCCUGCCGCCCAUCAUCCUGUGCCCCUGCAAAAGCAGCAAGUCUUCGCCGUUGAUGGGUACAGCAGUUCCCUUGCUGGAACCCAUGGCAACCUUGCCCCUGGACAUGGUUACGCGUACUACGGUCCUCAGGGAUCCGUCACCUUCUCCCAAAAAUCAAGCGCGCCUGUCCAGUACGCUCCUCAACCAGGACCAUACUCACCUCCAUACCUUCAACCUCACGGUUACGCACCAGCAGUGCAAGCUGAUCAGCCUGGCCCUGCUUACGCUCCGGCUUUGAGCUACGCACCCCAACCAGAACAAUACGCUCCGGCUUACGCGCCUCAGCCCGACCAAUACCAGCCCGGCUACCCGGCCUACGCUCCUGCAUACACGCCUGCCUACACUCCAGGCGCCGCUCAGUCCAGCUACCUACCACCAUACGGUCAAGCACCUGGAUUAUACACUGCUGGAGGGUCAUACGCGCCGGCUUAUCUUAACGGAUACCCUGCCCAAGAUGCGCACGUUUCACAUGGGCCACAGUACAUUCAAGGCCCAGGAUUCAGCCCAGCACCAGCACCAGCCAUCGUCAAGAAAAAGCGAUCGAUCCCUUCUGAAGUCGAAAAAUCUGCAUGAGACACAGAGAAAUCAAAAUCUUCUCUUAUAUCAAAACAAAAUGACUGAUUAAUCCUGAUCUCGUCUCUCCUGAUGACAUCUGCCCGGAAAGUGAAAUCCAGAACUCUCAGAUUACCUGACGACAUAAGUAUGACUUCAAAUUAAACCCGAUCUCGGCUACAUCAGAAACAAGCAAAAUUUCAUCUGUUCCUCCAUCAUAGCACUCCCAAAACUGAAAUGUUAUUGUUGUAUACCUGAUCUCAGCAGAAUAAUGUCACUCUGAAAGUAAGAAAACUUCAAUAAUAAUGGAAUAAAAAAAAAAAAAAAAAAAAAAAAA